CUAAAUUCAGAUUUACCUUUCUUAUCUGGCAAUCCAAAUGUUGAGGUAACGGAAGGUAUCAUCCAUCUAUUCAAAGAGAAUCAGAUGACUUCUUUAGAAGAGAAUGUCUUACGAAGUGAAAUGUUAUGUAUGCUUGCAGUACCAGCUACAAUGUCGUGCAAUGAUUUGAUACAAUUUGCAGCUCCGUAUAGUCCAAAUAUCGAACAUAUCAAAAUUAUUAGAGACUCUACCCCAAACGAAUAUAUGGUGUUGAUAAAAUUUAAAGAUCAGACUUGUUCUGAUGAAUUUUUUAAGCUUUAUAAUGGACGUACCUAUCAUUCUUUAGAAGAUAAGAUUUGUCAUCUGGUAUACGUAUCGUUGGUGGAAACUAUGACUUCUACAGAGGGUGCUAGCUUUCCAAUACCUGGAUUAACAGAGCUACCAAAUUGUCCUGUUUGUCUGGAGAGAAUGGAUGAAUCUGUGGAAGGCAUUCUGACCAUCUUGUGCAAUCAUACCUUUCACAUCAACUGCCUCACACAGUGGGGUGACUCCAGCUGUCCUGUAUGUCGCUAUUGCCAAUCACCUGAAGUUGAAACUGAGAGUAUUUGUUUUGAAUGUGAUGACCAAAACGACUUAUGGAUAUGCAUGAUAUGUGGUAAUAUUGGUUGUGGGCGAUACUCUGCAGGCCAUGCUUAUAGCCAUUUUCAGUCAACUGAGCAUGCUUAUGCUAUGAAAUUAGAUAACAAUAGAGUUUGGGACUACACCGGUGAUAAUUAUGUUCACAGACUGGUCCAAAAUAAAAGUGAUGGCAAGCCAGUUGCUAUUUCUAAUAAUGAUGCCGAUGAUGAAGAUAAAAGAGAUUCUUUGGCAUUAGAGUUUACGUACUUACUUACGCAGCAAUUAGAAUCUCAGCGUCGAUACUAUGAGUCUAAGAUUUUAUCUCUAGAAGGAGAAACGGCUAAAAAGUUAAGUCUUCGUGAAGAGGAGGUGCAACUGCUGAAGAAAUCUAUGUCUGUUUUGCAGCAAGAGCACACUAGUACUGUUCAACAGCGUCAGAAUCUAGAAAAUAAAUCACUUUCGAUAGGAAACAAAUUAAAGAAACUUGCCAAAGAACUGGAUGAAGAGAAGGAGAUGAAUAAAUGUAUGCGGGAUAAUCAAGCACAGUUAAUGGAACGCUUGCAGUCUAGCGAUGAGAACUGGAAAAAAAAAGAAAAAGAGCAUCUUCAGAAAAUAAACGAUUUGCAAGAUCAGUUACGGGAUGUAAUGUUCUAUCUUGAUGCGCAGAAGAAGGUAUCGCAAUCACCAGCAGAAGCGCAGAAAGAUAUUCAGGAUGGAAAUAUAAGUGUAGGUGCUGCUGGGUGCUCCGCGACUUCAGCUAGCAACCCUAGCCAUGCCCGAAAGUCACGAAAAAAGAGGAAAUGA